GCAGCGAACGGAUUGGUUAAUGGAGAGAAGAAAAAAGAAGAAGAGGAAGCCAUUCCAAUUGAAGAUGAUGCUAAAGGAAAAUCCGUGCUUCAAGCCAAACUCUCCAACUUAGCUAUUCAAAUCGGGUACAUAGGUUCUAUUGUUGCUGCCGCUACCGUACUUAUUUUGAUAAUUCGUCACUGUAUCACACAUUAUGCCAUCAAUGGCGAGACAUUCAAGACUUCCGAUCUUGCUUACUUCGUCAACUUCAUCAUUAUUGGUGUCACGGUGCUUGUCAUUGCUGUUCCAGAAGGUUUACCUUUGGCUAUCACUCUUGCGCUUACCUAUUCAGUGAAAAAGAUGAUGAAAGACAACAACCUUGUUCGGCACUUGGACGCUUGUGAAACGAUGGGUAACGCGACAGCCAUUUGCUCGGAUAAGACUGGAACCCUAACAACAAACCGAAUGACCUGUGUGCAACAGUACAUCAAUGGUACUUUUUACAAGUCUCAACCACCUACUUAUGCUGCCCUCGAUAAAAGAACUCGUGAGCUGCUGAUAGAUGGGAUUGCGAUUAAUUCGGGUUACAAUUCGCAAGUGCUACCAGCACCAAAACCGGGAGAGCAACGGAUGCAGGUUGGUAACAAAACCGAGUGUGCCCUACUUGGUUUUGUUCUUGAUGUUGGUAAAAGCUAUGAAGAGAUCCGUACUAGGCAUCCAGAAGAGACUUUGUACAAGGUCUACACCUUCAACUCUUCUCGUAAAUCUAUGAUGACGGUCAUUGAGUUGGAUAGCGGGAUCUACCGAAUUUACGCUAAGGGCGCCUCGGAAAUUAUUUUGACCAGGUGUUCCUACAUACUUGGUGAAGACGGUGUAAUCAAGCCAUUUACUGCCGUUGAAGCAGCCGAAUUGACGAGAGAAGUCAUUGAGCCAAUGGCUUCUGAUGGUCUCAGAACGAUCGGCUUAGCUUAUAAAGACAUGGUCCCUAUGGGAACAAGAUCGGACGACAAUCAGGUCGAGUAUGUUGGAGAAAUCAACUGGGAUGAUGAAGAGUCGAUUCGUAAUGGUAUGACAGCAAUUGCUAUUAUGGGCAUUCAGGAUCCAGUACGACCAGAGGUACCCGCAGCCAUUGACAAAUGUCAAAAAGCUGGAAUCACUGUACGUAUGGUUACUGGUGAUAACAUCAACACUGCCCGAUCCAUUGCCACUGCUUGUGGAAUUCUUAAGCCUGGAGCAGAUUUCCUUGCUCUGGAAGGAAAGGACUUCAAUGCUAGAAUUCGAGACGACAAUGGCAAAGUGAAUCAAGCAAAACUAGACGCUAUUUGGCCCCGAUUACGAGUUCUCGCUAGAGCUCAACCAUCGGACAAAUAUGUUCUGGUCAAGGGCAUUAUUGAUAGUAAAAAUACCAAGAACAGGGAAGUCGUUGCUGUGACCGGUGACGGCACGAACGAUGCUCCUGCUCUCAAGAAAGCUGACGUAGGAUUCGCUAUGGUGGGUAAAAAAUGCCUUUUCUCGAAAUAAAG